AUGGAGGACCGAAUCCCGCCGAGAUACAAACUGACACCUUUUGACAACCACAGGGCGGGCAUCGGAGGUCUGGCUGCUGCAUUGGCUCUUGGGAAACGAGGCCACAAUGUCCACAUCGUCGAAUUUGCCCCCGAGAUCCAGGAGGUUGGAGCCGGGAUCCAGUGUGCACCCAACAUGCUCCGGCUGCUGGAUCGGUGGGGCGUAGGCACCCAGGUUCGACGAACGGGUGUCGCGCUGGGGGCCAUCCAUAUCCUGCGGUGGCAGGGAGGAUCUCUCCUGGGCAGCGUCCCGAUUAACCAAGCCCAUGGCGAGCAGUUUGUCGUGCAUCGCGCUGACCUGCAAAUGGCUCUGCUGGAGAAAGCAAUGGCCCUGCCCAAUGUGAAGCUGCAGACCAACACAAAAGUCGAGAACGUCCAGUUCAGUCCGGCCGCGGUGGAGCUCAACGACGGGUCGACGAUUCAUGGAGACGUAGUGCUCGCGGCCGACGGUAUCAAGUCCAUGGUCCGUGCAAAGCUCCUGGGAGACGACAAAGACGUGGCAAUACCGACCGGAGACGCCGUCUUCAGGGUCGUCCUCACCAAGGACACUCUGAGCAAGCACCCGGAUCUGUUGCCCUAUAUCGAAGAGAAGAAGGCAAUUCGGUGGGUCGGACCAGGAAGACAUAUCAUUGCCUAUCCUGUGCGCAACCAUGAGAUCUACAACGUGGCACUUGCUCACCCUGAUCGUGGGCGGGUUGACGAGAGCUGGACAACCGUCACAUCAAAGAAGAAUCUGCUGUCGGAAUACGAAGGCUGGGAUCCAAUGCUGAUUAAGAUGUUGGAUCUUGUCCCCGAAGGCGACGUUCUGGAGUGGAAAUUGUGCAUGCACAUGCCUCUUUUACGAUGGGUCCGAGAUUCGGUUGCCCUGUUGGGCGAUGCGUGCCAUCCCAUGUUACCAUACGUGGCUCAAGGUGCGGCGCAAGCUGUGGAAGACGCAGCCUCGCUAGGAGUGGUCCUCUCGUCGAUAUCAUCCAAGGACGAAAUCCCUGCUGCGCUUCGAGCAUACGAAAAGGCUCAAAAAGCCCGAGCCGAGCACAUCCAACAAACCUGCUUGGCGACCAGAGCCGCUCUUCAUCUGCCCGAUGGUCCCGAGCAGGAAGCUCGUGAUCAGAAGUUCAAGGUCUUGUCUUCGGGCGGCUCCAACGACGAUAAAUGGGGGGAUCCGGAGAUGCAGAAAUUCCUGUGGAGUUGGGAUGCUGAGGCAAAGGCCGAGGAGGCUUGGAAAGGCGAGUGUGAGCCUUUCUCUCUCUUCAUCGAGACAAUCUGA